AGCUUUCUCUCUCUUUCCAAAGAGAGAGUCUCUCUCUCUACUCGGCUUUAUACCACCGCUUCCCUAAAGUCGUCUUCACUCAGCUGUAUCCCGCUGAUUGCUUUAACCGAUUCUUCUUUGAUCGAUUUCACAUUAGCCUACGUGCCCAAUAUUUCAUUCAUGGUACCUGAUCACUUCAACUUCAACUUACAGAUUUCAUGAUUCACGAGCCUUACUCCCCAAGAUGCUAUAAUUAGCGUACGCCUUGGGAAGUGGUUCAUCAACAAUGGAGUGCAAUUGCAUUGAGCCACAAUGGCCGGCUGAUGAACUUCUGAUGAAAUAUCAGUAUAUAUCAGAUUUCUUUAUUGCACUUGCUUAUUUCUCCAUUCCACUGGAGUUGAUAUAUUUUGUGAAAAAAUCAGCGGUUUUCCCCUAUAAAUGGGUGCUUGUUCAGUUUGGCGCAUUCAUUGUUCUAUGUGGAGCUACACAUCUUAUUAACUUAUGGACUUUCAAUGUGCAUACAAGAACGGUAGCUAUUGUUAUGACCACUGCCAAGGCCUUGACUGCUGCAGUGUCAUGUGCAACUGCCCUUAUGUUAGUGCACAUUAUUCCUGAUCUACUUAGUGUGAAAACUAGGGAGUUAUUCUUGAAAAAUAAGGCUGCCGAGCUUGAUCGUGAGAUGGGUAUCAUUCGCACCCAGGAAGAAACAGGCAGGCAUGUUAGGAUGCUAACUCAUGAAAUAAGAAGCACUCUUAACAGACAUACUAUAUUAAAGACUACACUUGUUGAGUUGGGAAGAACAUUGGGAUUGGAAGAGUGUGCUCUUUGGAUGCCAACACGUAGUGGUUUAGAGCUUCAGCUUUCCUAUACUCUUCGCCAUCAAAAUCCAGUAGGGUUUACAGUUCCAAUACAAUCUCCUGCAAUCAAUCAAGUGUUUAGUACCAAUCGUGCAGUUAAAAUAUCUCCCAAUAGUCCUGUUGCUAGAUUACGCCCAGCUUCUGGAAAAUACAUGCUCGGGGAGGUUGUUGCUGUGAGAGUUCCACUUCUACAUCUCAAUAAUUUUCAGAUUUAUGAUUGGCCAGAACUUACAACAAAACGAUAUGCAUUGAUGGUUUUGAUGCUUCCUUCGGAUAGUGCACGGCAGUGGCAUGUGCACGAGUUGGAGCUUGUUGAAGUAGUCGCUGAUCAGGUCGCUGUCGCUCUUUCACAUGCGGCUAUUUUAGAAGAGUCUACGAGGGCUAGGGACUUGCUUAUGGAGCAGAAUGUGGCGCUUGAUCUUGCAAGAAGGGAAGCUGAAACAGCUGUGCGUGCACGUAAUGAUUUUCUUGCAGUUAUGAACCAUGAAAUGAGAACUCCUAUGCAUGCAAUUAUUGCAUUAUCAUCAUUACUUCAAGAAACUGAUUUGACACCAGAGCAACGGCUGAUGGUCGAGACCAUCCUCAAGAGUAGUAACUUGCUUGCCACACUAAUAAAUGACGUAUUAGACCUUUCGAGGCUGGAAGAUGGUAGCCUUGAACUUGAUAUUGCAACUUUCAACCUUCAUGCUCUCUUGAAGGAGGUGUUAAACUUGAUAAAGCCUGUUGCAUCGGUCAAAAGGUUGUUUGUUACAUUGAGCAUUUCUUCAGAUUUGCCAGAGUAUGCCACUGGUGAUGAAAAGAGGCUUAUGCAAAUAAUUCUAAAUAUUGUCGGCAACGCUGUGAAAUUUUCAAAAGAGGGCAGCAUUUCAAUUUCUGCUGUUAUGGCAAAACCAGAUUCUUUGAGGGAUCCUCGAGCUCCCGACUUUUUUCCACUCCCCGGUGAUGCUAAUUUCUAUAUGCGUGUUCAGGUGAAAGAUACAGGAAUGGGAAUCAGCCAACAAGAUAUUCCUAAGCUGUUCACGAGAUUUGCAGAAAGUCAAUCACCAGCAUCUAGAAAUCCAGGUGGCAAUGGACUUGGCCUUGCCAUUUGUAAAAGAUUCGUAAAUCUUAUGGAAGGUAAUAUAUGGAUUGAAAGUGAAGGCCUUGGCAAGGGAUCUACUGCAGUCUUUUAUGUCAAACUUGGAUUUCCCGCACGUUUUAAUGAAUCCCGACACCCUCAUAUGAGAGUUCCAGCAAAAAUUGGGCAGACAAAUUUUUCGGGAUUGAAAGUUUUAGUCAUCGAUGAUAAUGGGGUUAGCCGAACCGCAACCGAGGGACUUCUCGUGCACCUUGGUUGUGAUGUAACAAUGGUUAGCUCAGGCGAAGAAUGCUUACAAGCCAUCACCAAAGAACACAGGGUUGUCAUCAUGGAUGUCUCUUUACCUCCUGCAGACAGCUACAAUGUUGCAAGAUCCAUACACGAAAUGUUCCCAAAACGCCAUGAAAAGCCGCUCAUAGUAGCGCUUACCGCCAACACAGAUAAGACAACAAAGGAAAGCCUCUUAAGAAUGGGAAUGGAUGGAGUUGUGCUUAAACCUGUUUCAGUGGAGAAGAUGAGAAUUGCUUUAUUUGAGCUUUUAGAGCAUAAAAAGGGUCUAUUUGAAGCAUAACACCAUGAAUAAAUAGUCUGACACCAAAAGGGCAAGAGGAUUUCAGUUGGUUGUAGUUGUACAUAUUGCUGCUUUUGUAGUAUAUUGCUAUGUGUUGAUGUGAUACAAGAUGGUACCCAUUUUGUUGCAUAGUAAUUGCUUCAAGAAACACUUUGAUUGUAUCAUUUCAUGGCACUUGAUUUGUCUUUACACUAUAUUAUAAUUCAUCCCCCUUGUUUCGGUUUGGUUGAUU